CUGAGUGGAGAAUUCACACACAUCUCCAAUAAGAAAAAAACACUAAUCCAACUAGUUAGCUUCUGUCUCUCUCUCACACAACUUUAACUGCCUUGUUACGGAAGAAUGAGAAGACGUCACGGGCCACGUUUGUUCCCGUUUUGAACCGGAAUGUGACGUCGGGGCUAUGGAAUAAAAACCAGUACUGGAAUUGAGGGGGUUCAGGGCCCGUUGCUUUAGUCCAGCAUGGACAGCUUCUUCAAGGCUGCUGUUUGUGAUCUGGACAAACUGCUGGAUGACUUUGAGCUCAAUACUGAGGAACAUGAAUGCAGAUCAGUUUUCCUGAAGCCGUCUGUGUACCCGUUCUCCUCACUGGGCUCUUUAACCGCCGAGGCCUCCAACGUUCCACCGAACCCCCCCGACCUUAACUCUCUCCACUAUGGUUCUGCCACCAGCUGUCCCGACCGCUCCGCCGCCGCUCAAAACCACGGCGCCGACGACGAUGACCGAGAAGUCGAAGGUCAGCCCCUCACGGCGGUGGACCUCCUGUCCUCGGUGGAUUGCCGGCCGGCGGCUCAGAGCUCGGCUCCUCCCUGCCCCGACCGAGCCCUGAAGCCGGUGUGCGACCUCGUGAACGACACCGGCUCGGCCAUCCUGGUCAGGGCCGACAGCCACGACGCAUUCAGCGAGCUGGACGUGGUGGAGAAGCAAAUGGCGGCGGAGGAGGAAGAGGAAGAAUUGGAGGAGGACGGGCUGCUCGUGGACUUCGACAGCCCAGUGGUCACCGGAGAGGAGCGAAGUGACGGCUUCGGAGACGACGAGCUGCUCAGUUUAGACGCCCGCGAGCAGAGCGGUGGAUUCUCCGCCUCGCUCAGUCUGCUGGACGUCAUUCUCCCUGCUGCGGUGGAGAGGAGCUGCGAGUCCGCAGAGGAUUCACCAUCACCGAGGAUGGCCGAAUCCGCCGAGAACGAGGAGAGGAACUGUGAGGAGGCGGCUAACUCUUUAGACCGCUGUGAGCCGGAGGCCCCUCUGCCCGUUAAUAGCAUUAAAGAAACAACAACCUUGGAUGCACAAGAUGCCUCGGCUGAAGGUGAGUCCUUACAGUCAGACGGCGUGUCGGUGGGCCUGUCGUGCCUCCCCAUCGCUGUGUCCAUGUGUGGAGCUCUGUUGAACACGGCGUCCUCGGAGGAGGAUGAAUCGAGGCGAGCUGCAGAGCCACUCGACGAGGCGGCGGAUGCCUCCGAGUGCACAGAGGCCGACUCCUCCACGUCGGCCUCGGAAGCCAGGUCCCAUUUAGAGGACCCUGUAGAGGACUCGUCACCUGCGGAGGGCCGGGCGUCACCAGUGGGGCAGCAGCAUCUCGCUCUGGAUCCUGCUACUGCUGCUGCUGCAGACCGCUCAGAACCCAGCCCGGUCGACCCUCCCGAGUUCGGCUUCGAAUACCUCCCCGAGAGCGACCAGGCUGAGCUGCUGGUCACGGACGAGGAGCUGGACGCCUUCCUGCAGGCGCACACGGAAGCGGAGCAGAGAGGCGUCUCUUACUGCGGUAUGUCGGGAGAUUUCACUCGGGGUCUCUCAGAGUCUGAUGGAGAUCUGGAAGCCCGGCUUGUGGGCGAGGAGCUGAGGAGCUGCGAUCUGACUUCUCCGGAGAGCGACAGAAAAAUGUGCGUGUCUGUAGAGGGAGGUUUUAACCCCGAUGCUCCAUCAGGGGACUCUUGCGGACCUCCUUGCCAAGAGGAGCCAGAACUCUCCUUAACCAGCAACUCUUUCCAGUCCCCCGAUCAGCAGCCCUCCUAUGGAGGCGCGAGACCUAAACGACUACACUGCCAAACCGCCAGAUCUCCACCAGCAGGGGAGGAAGAGAAAGACGAGCAGACUGAGACGCUCGGCACACCCGAGGACGAGGAAGACAGUUCACCCUCAAGUCUCACGGACGAGCACGCCGCCAACAUCAGGGAUUUGAGCCCGAUGUGCGCCUCUCAGGAGCAUCGGGACUACAGCGUUGGGUACGAUGAACUCUCAGAGCCCCCACCGUACCCCGGGGGGUCGCCCACCGACGGAGCCGUGACGGUGAACUGGAAGAGAGACGGAGCGGAGGAGCUGGGGAGCAGGCAGCCCUCAUGGGUGCCCGACGCCGAAGCUCCCAACUGCAUGAACUGCUACCAGAGGUUCACCUUCACCAAGAGGAGGCACCACUGUCGGGCCUGCGGGAAGGUUUACUGUGCGGUGUGCUGCAACAGGAAGUGUAAGCUGAAGUACCUGGAGAAGGAGGCUCGAGUGUGCGUCGUCUGCUUCGAUACGAUACACCGAGCCCAGGCCCUGGAGCGGAUGAUGAGUCCUGCAGGUCCAAGUCCAAACCCCAACGUCCCAUCUGAGUACUGCAGCACCAUCCCCCCUCUGCAGCAGGCUCGAGCCGCCGGCACUCUUAACUCUCCUCCGCCCACCGUCAUGGUGCCUGUGUCCGUUCUCAAACAGCCAAACAAUGACAGUUGUCCUCGGGAGCAGAAGCGCGUCUGGUUCGCCGACGGCAUCUUGCCCAACGGGGAGGUGGCGGACACGACCAAGCUGUCGGUGACGAGCCGCCGGAGCUCGCAGGAGUUCGGUUCUGACUCUCCGGACCAAACACCUGGCUCAGAUGUUGAGGUCGGUGGCUCCUCGGCCCCUGAAGCUUCUGAAGCUUUUGGAGGCGUGGCGGUGGUCCGGCCCCCCGUGUCCGGCCCCUGGGACUACGCUCUACUCUCUGGGAUCGGCUCUUGUGUGACGAGGGUUCCCAGCCUGCUGCCGGAUAACGAGGAUGAUCUUCCUCCUCUGCUCAUCACCACCGGGGAGGACGAAGUGGGAGAUGUUUUGGUUGAGGAAAGCCCCGCCCCCUGCCAGAUUCUGCACCUAUUAGAGGAGGGAGGACCUCGACCGCUGACGUUUGUUCUCAACGCCAACCUGCUGGUCAACGUCAAACUGGUGACAUACUCCGGUCGUCAGUGUUGGUGUUUCGGCUCUAACGGGCUGCAGGCUCUCGGGCAGAGAGAGCUGGUGUUUUUGUUGGAGUGUUUGCCGGAAGAGAAAACUCUCCCAAAAGACCUCUUCACGCUUUAUCUCAACAUUUACCAAGAAGCCCAGAAAGGGAAGUUGUUGGAGGAGCUGGAUAACGUCACGUUCACCAGCAGCUUCCUGGGCAGUAAGGACCACGCUGGGAUGCUGUUCUUCUCCCCCAGCUGUCAGCCUCUGGACGGACUCACGCUGCCUCCUCAGCCCUUCAUGUUCGGGCUGCUGGUCCAGAAGCUGGAGGUUCCCUGGGCCAAAGUCUUCCCCCUCCGGCUGCUCCUGCGGCUCGGAGCUGAAUACAGCGUUUAUCCCACCACACUGACAAGUGUUCGUUUUCGUGACUCUGUGUAUCGAGAGACGGGACACACCAUCAUGAAUCUGCUGGCUGACCUGAGGAACUACCAGUACAGUCUGUCGGUGGUGGAGGGCCUGAGGAUUCACAUGGAGAUGGGACACAGCUACAUCGACAUCCCCAAAAGUAGCUUCAAUGAGAUGCAGAAGGUGGUGAACGCGUCCAACGAGCACGUCAUCAGCAUCGGAGCGAGGUUCAGCUCGGAGGCCGACUCUCACCUCGUGUGUUUCCAGAACGAGGAGGGAAACUACCAGACGCAGGCCAACAGCAAGCCUGACAAGACCCGCACAGUGACUGGGGCCAGUUUCGUGGUGUUCAACGGGGCCCUGAAGGCCUCCUCAGGCUUCGUCGCCAAGUCCAGCAUUGUUGAGGAUGGGUUGAUGGUUCAAAUCCCUCCGGAGACCAUGGAGUCCCUGCGCGGCGCCCUGAGGGAGCAGACGGACUUCCACAUCCCGUGCGGCAGGAACAACGGAGGGGAGCUCCGAGAGAACGUCAGCGUCCGCUGGGUCGACCUGAGCUCACCCGUCAACACGGGCAGAACCAGCGGGGUCGAUGGGAGACCUCUGGACGGCGUCCGCAGCGUGAGGAUGCAGCAGGACACGGAGUUCGAGUCGGACGGACGCACCAUCAGAUGCACCGAGGUUUUCUACCAGCUGACGACUCCCGACUGCAGCCUGGAGUCGGUGCUGUCGUCCUGCAGCGUGUUCCAGAAGGAGAUGGCUUUGGCCGCCUGCAGCGCUCUGACUCCUCACCUCGCCGUCCUCACGUCCAGCGGCAUCAACUCGCUCUCGCUCCGCAUCUCCACACAGGCUGAUAUGGUGGAGUACCAGGCCGGCUCCGGAGGUCGGCUCCUCCCUCAGCGCUACAUGAACGAGCUGGACGGCGCUCUGAUCCCCGUCAUCCACGGAGGUAGUGCUAGCGUACCGCAGACCGCCAUGGACAUGGAGUUCAUCUUCUACAUCACACACGCCAUCUAAACUCGCACUCCUCUACAGUAUUAAGAACAGAAAAAGUUCAAGUUUGAGCACACAGAGAGAGAGAAGCUGCUGACGUUUGGCGCGACAUGCUAAUGCAGCAGCUCGUUUAUUUGCACAGUUGGACAUGCAGCCGGUCACAGAGGACGAGCUGCAACAUUCCCCCUCUGAGGUUCGGGAUGUUUCCAUGUUUGGACGUAAACUGACAUGAUGUUCAGUUCUUAGUUGUUGUUUUUUUUGCCCUCACCAAAGCUGCUUUAACACAAGAAGCCAAACACUAAACACAGAUUACGACAUGACCAAAUACAACCAAACCGUUUCUUCUUCUUCUUCUUCUUCUUCUGCUCGGCCUUCCAGACUCCGUCGGCUCGGAGCACCUCAGUGAAUGUUUCCCCCCCACGGACUCUCAUUUGGAUGUAUUUAUUAUAUUUUAAUAUGGGCUCAUUGAAUGAAAUGAUGAUAUGAAAGCAAAGGGGAUGAUACCGGCUGCAGUAUUCAGUGCUACGGAGGUGAAAGCUGCUGAUCGGGUCAUUCCAUACGAUGGUUUCUAAUGACACCGGGCCUCCUGCAAGAACAUGUACUGUGUUCACAUCGGGAAGUUCUGCUCGUGCGAUUAUUUAAAGCCACGUUCACCAAACUCUACUCAAACUUGUGCAUUUUGGACGACAACGUAAUGAAACUUCAUUUAAAACGUCUUUCUGCCGUUUUUUAUUAUUUAUGUAGCCUUUGAUUUCUGCUACGGUGCUAGCGUAUGCUAGCUGCUGCCGUAUGCUAGCUGCUACUUCAUGAGCAGCGCAGCGUCCUCUGGCAUCGAUGACCAGAAGGUCAGCUCAAUACCAAUGAUUUUACUUUAGGAGAUUUUACGAUGUCUGCUAAAGUUUUUGAGAUGAGAGUUUGCACAGCUGAUGAGAACUUUCCGUCACAUAUUAUGGCUCUUCAUCUCACAGAAUAACAUUUUUUUUUUCAUUCUUAAGAUUUAGCGAUUAUGAAUGUACAGACUUUUUUAAAAAGUCUUAAAUUUGUAGUUAGAUAUUUUGGGAUUUAUGCUUCUUGUCUUUGUUGCCGAUAGUUCAAUCUGCCGUCGGAACCGAUGAAGAAGUACGCGGAGAGCGAAGAGAACAAGUGUUGCACUUGCAUUUUGGCCGGCGACUUUAUGAAGAGUCGGUUGUAGAAAACAUAAACAAAACAUCUGAUCAGUUAUUAUCUGAGGAUACGAGAGGACAAGAAAGCCCGUAAACCAAUUAUGAAACUAUUCAGAGAUGCAGAAUGGAAUCGGCGCAGACAGGAUGUAGGAGACGUAGGCGGCGUUGAAAGGACGUAGUUGCUGUCGACGGGACGUAGGUGACGUUGACGGGACGUAGUUGCUGUCGACGGGACGUAGGUGACGUCGACGGGACGGAGGUGACGUCGACGGGACGGAGGCGAUAUCCAGCUCUCAGGUGUAAAAAUACUUUAACUCUCAGCAAAUGCGAAUAAGCAGGUUUCCCAAAAUAUUGAACACAAGGCUUUAAUGCUCUGAGCUCAGCAGGAGUCGUCUCAGGUGUUGAUUAGAACAAGAACCCAAAGUAUUCUAACAAACCGACCGCUUCCAUGUUUAGAGUUGAUUUGAAUGUGUUUUCACAUCAGAACCAUUCAAACAGCUCACAGGACGUUUCUUCUCCAGCUUCUCAACUAUUCACUAAAUUCAAACAUGGUGUGUAGAAGGUUCCUUGAAGCACUGAGAGGAAGAAAAGAGAAAAAACACCGGACAGUUCAUUUCAUAAAAUGAACAAAUGUAAUAUAUCAUGUUAAAUAUAUCGAAACCGUAGAUUCAAAGCAUAAAGAAUGUGUAGGUGAAGGUGUUAAAAUCUAAAUAAAAGCAUCCGUCAGCUUUUUAUACCGUUGAUUUAAGAAUGUCUUGAUGAUUACAGAAGAGACGUUUCAUAUUAAGAGACUCAGAAAUGAAUCAGUAUUGAAAUAAUUGACAAAACAAUGAACUGUUUUAAUGAUUUAACUGAGAACAAAUGAUUUCUUCUAGAUGUUUUUGGUGAACUGUGGCACAAGUCAAAAUAUAAGGAAGCAUUUGAAAUCCCCCCCCAAAAAAAAAAACACCCGUAAAGCAAACGAGGGAAAGUGGGCAUGUUGUAACAGCUGUGCAAACACCUCAAACAUGCUCACAGAGCUGUUCAGGACGUCGGUCUGAGAACUCGCCACGUUUGUUUUAUGAUUUAAACUUUGAAAGCAGAAUCAUUGAACUCGUUCUCCUCGUUAUACAUCGAUCAGGGCGGUGACCUUCAUGGACGUAAAUUAUUAUAUUUUUUUCUCUGUCGGAUCAAAACAACUUUACAAAGUUUUCUUCUCUUUUGUGUAAACCGUCUAUUUGAACCUGGUAUCUGGGUCCGAAUCAUCCGAACAACUCGAGUAUUUAAAGAAUAAAAUGAGUUUUAUGAGA